UCACGACAAUUUCCCAACAAUUUGAGACAAUAAUAAACUGUUUUAACAAGUGUUGGACGACGCGCUUGGCAUUAGUGUGUGCCACCUGUGUGUGUGCACGUGCACUCGUCUCCCCCCACCACCAGCGGGACAGUUGUUCGUCCGUAAAUUUGUUUUGUCGUCCAUAGUUUGGUGACGAAGUCGUCGAUUGUGAUUGCAAUCGGAGCUAUGGCAGGAUUUACGGAGAACGCUCUUGUUAAGAAACUUAUGGAUCUUAAUCCAUCACAGCAGAGCAUUCAGACGUUGUCUUUGUGGCUGAUACACCACAGAAAACAUCACGGGACGAUCGUCAAGGUCUGGUUCAGGGAGAUGUGUAAAGCAAAGGACACUCGCAAGCUGAUGUUCAUGUACCUGGCGAACGACGUGAUACAGAAUAGCAAGAAGAAGGGGCCAGAGUUUGGCAGGGAAUUUGGCAACGUUCUCCCAAGAGCAUUUGAACACAUGAAAACGUUCGAUGAGAAGACCAGGGAGAGGCUGAAUAGGCUGCUUGUCAUUUGGGAGGAGAGGGGGGUUUAUGAUAAAACACAAAUUGCGGACUUCAAGGGGGCUUUCGAUGCGGCUACAGAACCUAUUAAAGAGCCUGGAACACCACCCAGGAAGAAACCAAGAAAUGAUAUUGAGAAGGAGUUGCCGAAGAAAUCAGACAAAAAAUCCGACAAAAAAUUGGAUAAAAAAUCGGACAGAAAGGAGAGAAAAAAAUCGGAAACUGAGAUUGAGGUUGAUGGUACCAAAGAGCUGCACGUUACACUGAGCCCAAGAACACCAGCUGGCGAUCCACCUGAGACUGAGGAGCUUAUCAAAGCCCUAAUGGAUUUAGAGAAUACAGCGUCGUCGGACGCUGCUGUGAGAGAGAGGAUUGCUUCACUACCUCCAGAGGUGUCUGAGGUAUCGUUGUUGGCUAAUUUGGCUGAUCGUGCUGCGGCUGAUCAACUGAGUAUCGCUGUUAAUGAGGCAGCAGCAUUGCUCGCUGAUUACAAUGGGAGACUGCAGGCCGAGAUGGAGGACAGACGGAGAUUAUUAACUAUGCUGAGGGAUUACACUUUGGCACAGAAACAAUUGCUGCAGCAGGCACAGACUACUUUAGAGGAUUAUAAGGAAAAAUUGAAGAAAGUUUGUACAGUCAGAGCAGAAGUCAAGUCUCACAUCUCGAAUUUACCAGAUCUAACACAAUUGCCAGAUGUAACAGGUGGUCUGGCACCUCUACCAUCAGCUGGUGAUCUCUUCUCACUCCACUAGUUUCUGAUCUGGCUAAUCAGGAAGAAUAAAACAAGAGAAUGAUUGAUUGAUUCACCACGAAGGAACGAGAGUAAUUGUUAAAUAUGAAAAAAUUCUAAGGAUUUUGCAAGGCAUUAUCUACCUCCAGUGCUUCACCGAGAGUCACCAAAUCCUCGAGUUCUUGAAUCAACGAUAAAUCCGUAAAAACUUCCUCAGAACGCUGUGAUGUUUCAAUAGUGAAACAAUCGGGUAUGUGUUUUGUCUAUGAGAAACACGAAUGAAGCUUCCUAUUUUGAAAUUAGUUGUUAAUUAUUGCAGACAGGGAAGUUACAGUCAGAAUAUGAAGAAAUAUUAUUUGUAAAUGAGUCAGUCGAUAUCUCGAAGGAAACAAUUUAUUUUUAUAACCGGUGAAUUCUGAAUUAUUCACAGGUUCAUAAAUCAUAGCACCCGUUUUAUCUCGACAAUUAUUUUGACACAAUUUUUGGGUUUAUGCAAUUGAAAAUUAUUGCCUAAUAACUGAAAUUUUGCAUGAAUUCCUCUACUGUUGCAUAUGAAAAUUGCAACAAGAAUCAAUAAACACGACGUAUUUCUGAUUUUGAUGCAAUUUUUAUAUUCAAUCACUCGAUUUCAAUAAAAAACAUGCAACAGUCAA